CAGAGAUCACAAUGAACUUUGUCUCGGUUCCUCUUAAGAAAAGAAGACUCUCCGUUGUCCGUAGAUCAGUGUUUUUGAGUGAAUGAUCCGCACCCUCAUAAAUUAUACUUCAGACUGAAACUCUCAUUGGUCGAUUCAGCUGACAUGCGCUUUGGACACAGGACAGGAAAUGAGUCCGGUAUAUCCGAAGAAAACUUUCAGUUUUACAGUUUGAAAGAUAUCUCCGGGGUGUUGUCUGAAUAAAAGGAAGUCGCCUUGAACUGAGCGUGCAGAGGAAGCUACACAAGCAUGUACGAGGACAGAUCGGAUGAUGCUGGAUCCGAACCAGCUGUCAGCAAUGCAGACACCCACGGCCGCAGGGCGUCCAGACAGGGCAGCGUUGUGGAGCGACUCUCGAGGUAUGGCAUGCAGGUCAUGCCCAGUGCUUUCCAGCGUAGGUCGAAGCUACAGAAGCAGCGAGAAGUCACGGACAGCUCCGCGCCGGGAGGAUUUCAGAGAGAGUCCUCGGAGAGAGGGUCGCUCACUCCGGCUAUGCGUAAAAAAUAUCUGAAGGAGCUGUUUUUCGGAAACUCCACCGGCGGCUUCAGCAGCGCACUGUCCUCACAAACCCAGAGCGCGUCCUCCGAACCGGACACGGGCUGGGCUUUGUACCCCAUGGAGCACGCGUGGAUGCUGACGGCUGUCGAGGGGAACUACGAGACCAUAUUGGAGUUCAUCUCCACGGACCCACACCUGCUAACCAGGAAGGAUUUCAUCAGCGGGUACUCUGUCCUCCACUGGCUGGCCAAGAGAGGACAGGACGAGACUCUGAUCAAACUUUUGCGACACACAGAAAGUGCGGGCAUCCCUGUGAACGUGAACCUGCGUGGCAGCGGGGGGUUCACGCCUCUACACGUCGCCUGCAUGCACAGCCAGUACAUGGUCGUCAAGCUCCUGGUCGGUGCUUUCAGCGCCAACAUCGACGCUAUGGAUUAUAACGGGAAGAGACCCUGGCAGUAUCUGAGGGAAGACGCCCCGCUGGAGAUGAAGGAGCUGCUGGGGACCUGGGAUGACGAGCACAGCGGCGGAUGUGCGCAAAAUCUCAACAAGAACGUCAAUAACAACUGCGCUAGCGAAACGACCCUGACCGACUCUGAUGAUGUGGAUGGUAGGGGGACAGAAGAAGUGGACUACUUUAAUCAGACCGAGAGAAGGGGCAGCUGGAGAUUUGGGUCAUUUAGGAAGCUGAUGUCCUCUAUUCCUUUUUUUGGCAGCAAAACAUGAGCGGUUAUUACGCAAACCUUCAGAUAUGUACUUAUUUCCGCAUUUGGUGGGUCUUGUUGACUUCUUAAGGGUCACUAAGAUGUUGCACAAGGCUGAAGUCAUCCUGUUUUACACUGUCAAUCUGUUUCCAGUUUAAGUCAAAAUCAUUUCCCCCCUUUAUAGAGCAGUAAUGUGCCUUGUUGUUCCUGGACAGUGAUUUAAUUUCUUUAAAAUCACCGCUGUAGUAUUAUUUAGUAAGACUGAGAGAUUUGAAAAAAAAACAAACACUUGUUUAAAUGUCCAUAAACUGAAAAGGCACUACAUACACACAGCUCGCAGUAUGAAGAAAAGCCAACACUAAAUCAGAUCAUUUUGCAUAGUAAACUGUCACUGAGUGCAUUAAAAACAAACCAUGUCUGUU